AUGCGCGCCCAAUGCUGCGUACGGACGACGGGCGUCUCCAGCCCCGAGGCCUCAAGGACACCUCGCUGUGACCUCACUGCACCUCACUGUGGUGCGCCGUUCCAGCGUCCUUUUGGGUCUCCCCAUUGGCCACGACCUCCCAGUGGACCCAUCAGGGGUAAGGCUAACUUGGGCUAA